UUCAGCUUGUUCCAUCAUCGCAGAUCCUGUCUGCCUUUCUCCCUCCCUCCAUCUCCCUCUCCCUCUCUCUCUCACUCACACACAAACACACGCCCUCGCUCUCUCACUCUCUCUCUCUCCCGAUCAGAGUGCCAUCUGUUAACAUGGUAUAGAGCUCAACUCCAUGCACGCGGAAAGGCAUGAUUCCAGCCUCAAAAUGAGAACGCGCUGAAGGCAGGAAACAACAAAUGUUCUUUUGGGAAAUUAGACGAUAAGUCACCCUUUUUUAAGUUUCUCACUGGGUGUAUCGGCCUGAAGCACAUAACAUAAUGGAUCUCUCCUUUAUGGCUGCGCAGAUCCCGGUCAUGACGGGGGCCUUCAUGGACUCCCCGAACGACGACUACAGCACCGACCACUCGCUCUUCAACUCCUCGGCCAGCGUGCAUGCCGCCGCCAUCGCAGCCCACGGCCAGCAGGAGGAGCCGCAGCCCAUGUCCAGAGACGCCAUCUGGCUCUGGAUCGCCAUCAUCGCCACCAUCGGGAACAUCGUGGUCGUGGGCGUCGUGUACGCCUUCACCUUCUGAGCCACGCCCAGACUGCCAGGAGGGGGGCAGCCACUAAGGCCUGCCUGCGGGACUGAACUUAAAUAGGACUCUACUGGUCUUCUGCUUGGGCCAUUCCAGUUGCAUUCUGAUAUCUUGCAUUGUUUACUUGAUGCUUGGCAUCUCCACUGUCAGGAAUUUAGUUUAAUCUUUUUUUAUGUUUUCCCCACAGUCACGUAAAUCCGGGAAUAUGGUGUAAUCUGUUAGAGUCAUCGUAAUGAUGAUAUUUCCUUCUCUUUAUUAAAUUGAUGUGCAAUGAAAUGACAAGGAACUGAAGAAUUGGACUGGUUUGAAUCUGUAUUUAAUUACAUGGAUGAAGUGGGAUAGAUUGUUAAUUUCAGAAGAUUGAGGAAACUAUUAAUUACGCUUCAAAGACUUCAAUGAAAUUGUUUAAGUUUAAUUAUACACGACACGGAAAGGCAAG